AUGAACAAUAAGAGAGUGGUUUACUUCUAUGACCCCGAAAUAGGAUGCUUCAGCUACGCAAUGGGACAUCCAAUGAAGCCUCUGAGAGUGAAAAUGACCCAUACUCUUCUUGUUGGGUAUGAGCUUUACAAAUACAUGGAUGUUCUCAGGCCCUUUCAGGCAUCGUACGAGAACCUGACGAACUUCCACGCGGUAGACUACAUAAACUUCCUUUCAAGCGUCUCCAGCGAAAACAUGGAGGAGAUGAUUAAGGACCUCCACAAGUUCAACAUCAGAGACGACUGCCCUGUGUUUCCGGGGCUCUACGACUAUUGCAGACUCACGAGCGGAGGGAGUAUUUAUGCAGCCCAGAAAAUAAACUCCGGGAAGUAUGAUGUUGCAAUCAACUGGGCUGGAGGGCUGCACCAUGCGAAGAGAGGAGAAGCCUCUGGAUUUUGCUAUGUAAACGACAUAGUUCUAGGGAUUCUCGAGCUCCUGAAGUACAACAAAAGAAUUCUGUACAUAGAUAUAGACAUUCAUCACGGAGACGGGGUUGAGGAGGCAUUCUAUACCACCGACAGGGUCAUGACAGUCUCCUUCCACAAGUAUGGAGACUAUUUCCCAGGGACAGGGAUGGUCACCGACACCGGCCUGGCAAAGGGAAAGGGCUAUUCGGUCAACGUUCCACUGAAGGACGGGAUUGACGACGAAAGCUACUUCAGUAUAUUCAAGCCCAUUGUCAGCAAGGUCAUUGAGACGUACCAGCCAAAUGCAAUUGUACUGCAGUCUGGGGCAGACUCCCUUUCUGGAGACAAGCUAGGGUGCUUCAAUCUGUCGCACCUGGGGCAUUCAAGGUGUAUUAAAUUUGUGCAGAGCUUCAACAUCCCACUCAUCCUUCUGGGAGGAGGUGGGUACACCAUUGGAAAUGUCUCGAAGGCAUGGGCAUACGGGACAAGCGUGGUUCUGGAUGUGGAUAUCCCCAGGGAAAUCCCCUACAACGAGUAUUUUGAUUACUAUGCACCGACAUACAGGAUAGAUGUUCCUACAUCAAACAUGGCAAACCAGAACACAAGAGAAGGCCUAGAAGACAUUAUAGCGAAGGUCUAUGAGAAUCUGAGGAGCCUUUCUCAUGCACCAUCGGUACAAAUGGUCUCCAUUCCUCCGUCCUUCAUCAGCGACGAAAGCGACGAGGACGAGGUUUCCAAGAAGAAGGCUGAAGCAGAAGACUCAGACGAUUACAAAGCAUUCUCUGAUUCAAAGGACGAGGACUAG